AUGGACAACUUUGAGAAGCAUUCAGAAAGGAAGAGGAAAAUGCCUCUUUUUUCAGAGAGGUGGCCGAGAAUCAGCAAGUUCAUCCUGUCCGCGUGUGCUGCUUCUGUGGCAGAACUAGUGACUUUCCCUCUGGACCUCACAAAAACCCGGCUUCAGAUCCAAGGUGAAGCUGCUGUACGUAGCUAUGAAGAUGCAAGAAGGAGGACUGUCCCUUACCGUGGUAUGCUACGUACGGCAGCCGGGAUAGUCCAAGAAGAAGGGAUGCUAAAACUCUGGCAAGGAGCAACACCAGCGGUUUACAGACACAUAGUGUACAGUGGAGUGCGCAUGGUUUCAUAUGAACAUCUUCGUGAUUCUGUGCUUGGCCGAGCUGCAGACGGGAGCUUUCCUCUAUGGAAAGCUGUGGUGGGGGGCAUGAUGGCUGGUGCCAUUGGCCAGUUCUUUGCCAGCCCAACAGACCUGGUGAAAGUACAGAUGCAGAUGGAAGGAAAGAGAAGGCUAGAAGGGAAACCGCUGCGAUUCCGUGGAGUCCAUCAUGCGUUUCUGAAGAUCCUGUCCGAUGGAGGAAUAAGAGGCCUUUGGGCAGGCUGGGUGCCCAACGUCCAACGGGCUGCUCUAGUAAACAUGGGAGAUCUGACAACUUAUGAUUCAGUUAAACACUUUUUACUCCUGAACACACCACUUCAAGACAACAGCAUCACUCAUAGCCUUGCGAGUGGGUGUUCCGGCCUUGUAGCUGCUGUUUUGGGGACUCCGGCGGAUGUGAUCAAAACCCGAAUAAUGAAUCAACCGAGAGAUGAACAGGGAAGGGGUCUGCUGUAUAAAUCUUCCACUGACUGCUUGUUUCAGGCAAUUCAAGGUGAAGGGUUUUUGUCUCUGUACAAAGGUUUUGUACCAACAUGGAUGCGAAUGGCUCCUUGGUCUUUGGUCUUCUGGCUCUCCUAUGAACAAAUCAGAAGAAUUACUGGAAUUAGUUCGUUUUAGGAAUGUACAAUAUAU